CAGGCUGGUUGUCCUCAGAUCAUCAGUUCAACUUCACCAGGAGGAGUGCCAGGAGAUAGUGGUGGUUCUUCUACCAGACCAACACUUAAAAUUACGCUUCUGGGUAGUGAGUGGAAUUCUUCAGCUGGUGGUUUGUCGACAUUUAACAGAGAGCUUGCAAUUCACCUUUCAGAACAUCCUGAAGUGGACGUGACGUUGUUAGUCCCAGAAGGAGCUUGUAAAGACGAGGAGAAAAACGAAGCUAAAAGCUAUGGAGUUAAUAUUGUCGAUGCAAAGUGUCAAGCAGGGUUAGAUCCACUUGACUGGUUAAGCUGCCCACCCAAAGAUCUCCACAUUGAUAUUGUCAUUGGACAUGGUAUGAAACUUGGCCGGCAAGUACAAAUAAUACGAAAUUUUGUCCAAUUUAAGUGGGUUCAAGUGGUGCAUACGGCUCCAGAAGACCUUAGCAAGUUUAAAAACUACUCUGAUCCCACUUCUAAAGGAGAAAAAAAAAAUCAAGAUGAAGUUGAUCUGUGUAAACGUGCUGAUCUUGUCAUGCCGGUUGGUCCUCGGUUAACAGACUCUUACUCGGCAUAUUUAAGGCGCUGGAACAAAGAUUUUUUUUCAUUCACUCCAGGACUUUUUGAGAGAGAAUUUGGAGAUUUAGAACAAGUUGCGAAUAGCAAUGAAGAUUUUAAAGUGUUAAUAGUUGGUCGUGGUGAUACAGAGGAUUUUGAGCUAAAAGGGCUUGAUAUUGCCGCUAAAGCAUUUGCUGAUCAACAGUUGAAAAACAAACCUUAUGAAUUAACCUUUGUCGGUGCGCCUGAAGGAAAACAAGAAGAGGUAAGGGACCGACUUCUACAGUGUGGUAUUGCUAAAGAGCAGUUGACUGUCAGGAGAUUUGUACAAAGCAGAGACAGAAUGAAAGAUUUGCUUUGCGAAGCUGACCUUGCUAUCAUGCCGUCGAAAUCAGAGGGAUUUGGCCUUGUUGCAGUUGAAGCUUUGUCUGCAGGACUACCCAUUCUUGUUAGUAAAAGGUCAGGAUUUGCCAAAGCAAUAGAUAAUGUUCCUCAUGGUCAUUUUUGUGUGGUGGAUUCUUAUGAUCCUGCCGAAUGGGCGAAAGCGAUUGCGGCAGUUCGUUCCAGACAUGCAAUGCGGCUGAAAGAGAUUCUUACUGUUAAAGCAUCUUAUGGAAAGAUGUAUAAUUGGAAGGAGCAAUGUGAAGCCCUUGUGGAGAGAAUGUGGCAAAUGGUGCAGGGUAUGAUUUGUACUAAAUAUUGUUGUUUUCAGAGUGCAAAGAAUGCA